AUGUUAUCCGGAAGAGAAGUAACUAAUUCCCUCGAGGUGUAUCCCAAUGACGAGUGGUGGUCUCGACUUGAAACUGCAACUGCCAAUGGAAUCAAUGUACAAAGGGUAUUAUCUGAAGAAGUUGUUGGAAACCCAGAAGAUAAUUUAGACAGUGAUGAUGCAUGGGGCGGCAUAGCAACUCCGGAUAGUUCAGAUGAUGAUGAAGAUGGUGGAAGCGGAAAAGGUGGUGGAAAUACUGGCACCGGGUUUGUAUAUGGACAAUCUUCUACAGUUGGUGUAAAGCAUGUAAAUGGGGAUAUGUUUGAGACAAUACCAUAUACACAGGCCAUUAUGCUCAAGUUGAUACUCCAUAAUUGGGACGAUGAUCACUGCAAGAAGAUAUUGAGAAACUGUUCGAAUGCGUUACCAAACAAUGGAAAGGUUAUAGUCGUUGAAUAUUGUGUGUUGCCAGAAGUAAUUGAGAAUACCCUAGAAACAAAAACCAUGCUACUACCCGCUGACAUUGCGAUGAUGACCUUAUGCAACGGCAAGGAGCGAACUAUAAGUGAAUAUGAUGCCUUGGCCAAAUCUGUCGGUUUCGUCCAGACAAAGGCUUUUCCGAUUUGCCAUGGAACUUAUGUCAUUGAGUUUCUGAAGUGA